AUGGCCACGCAACAUACUUACGAUGUCGUUAUCGUCGGUGGCGGCAUUGUAGGCUCUGCUCUGGCCUACUUCUUAUCGUUGUCGAAUGACGGUAAAAAGGUGGCUGUUAUCGAACGUGAUUUGUCCCGCCUUAACGGCUCAACGGGUUAUGCCCCAGGGUUUGUCGGCCAGUUUAACGAGUCCGAGGUGUUAACUCGUCUGGCAAUUGACAGUGUUGGGGAAUACCUAAAGGUUCCAGGGGGAUUUGACCAGGUUGGAGGUCUUGAGGUCGCUACAAGUACUGCCGGAGUGGAAAAGCUGAGGUGGAGGCUCGAAACAGCGCGUGAAAGAGGUCUCAAGGCGGAGCUGAUCUCGGCCCAGAGGGCGGCAGAAAUGGCCCAUGAUUUAGUGAAGGGCGACAAUGUUUCGGCGCUGUAUUUCCCAGCAGAUGGAACGGCUAACCCUGCGGCAAUCACGGGUUACUUUCAGUCCGAAGCUCGCGCUAGAGGAGUCGAAUUUGUCGAGGGAGACGUCUCCGAGGUCUGCAGAGGUAGCGGUCGCGUUAAAGGAGUGAUGACCUUUUCAGGAUUUAUACCCGCUGAGAGAGUCGUCCUUGCUACUGGCAUUUGGGCGAGGAACCUCUGUGAUUUUGAAGUCCCUAUACCAGUCAUUUCCGUCGCACACCCAUAUAUGUAUGGGAAAUACCGCGAGCCCAAGCCUUACAAGUCCCCAUUCGUAAGGUACCCUGAACACCAUGUUUAUGUUCGGGAUCAUGGCCCAUUCUUUGGCUUGGGUUCUUACGACCAUAAACCUAUAGCCGAGAAACCAAACGAAACCGCCGUUGGGAACUGGGUCGAGGAAUUCGAUACGACACUCCACCGGGCUUUGCGUUUCAUUCCAGAGAAGACGAAUUUGGCUCCUCGAGAAAAGUUCAAUGGCUUAUUCUCGAUGACGCCUGAUAACAUGCCUUUGGUUGGAGAAAUCCCAGGAACAGAGGGACUUUACAUAGCGGCAGCGGUCUGGGUCACCCACGCAGCUGGCUCAGCGAAAUUCUUGACCCAGAUGAUCAAGGGUGAGACACUCGACGCAGUGGUAAGGAAAGCUCUCGAUCCCAGUCGAUUCCGCGGGUGUGAUAUGGAGCGCUUGGAGCGGGAGUCCCUGCAUUGCUACAAUAACAUAUAUUCGACUCACGAGGCCAUAUAGUAUAUAGGUUCUGCAGAAAUCAAAGGUGUUUAAAG